GUAUAUUGGCCAUAUACCACACCUCCUUGUGCCUUAUUGCUUAGCGACCAACUGAGUUUACUUCAAGGUCAUUACAGCACAAGGCAUGCAGUGCACUGUGUUCAAAUCUAAUUUUAUUUGUCACGAGCCGAAUACAACAGGUGUAGACUUUACCGUGAAAUGCUGAAUACAACAGGUGUAGACUUUACCGUGAAAUGCUGAAUACAACAGGUGUGGACUUUACUGUGAAUUGCUUACUAAAAGCCCUUAACCAACAAUGCAGUUAAAAUAUUUACUAAAACUGUAUAUAAAAAAAGUAACAAAAUAAUAACUUCCCUUUCCCUAUAUACAAUGGGUACCGGUACCGAGUCAAUGUGCAGGGGUACAUUUAGAGGUGUUUGUACAUUUAGGGGUAAAAUGGAAAAAGUGGGUUUGGUCAUGUUGAUCUUUACUGGGGUGCACAGUGUAACGUUAUAUUAGGCAGCUCUGAAAGGUCCACAUAGUAGUGUGUUAGGGCUCUAUUCAAUCCGUAGCGCUGAAGACCCACUUUAUAGCGCAAUUGACAAUUAAAGGCAAUCUUCCCACAGUCGCGGAGACUGUAUUCACGGUACACACUGCAUGUGUCGGCUCAACUGAAAAGUACUGGAACAUUUUUAUGCAGAUCUUCCGCGAGGUCUGACUCCUGACCAGGGUUUAUUUGGAUUUAGGGUUUAUUUGGAGCGUUCUUAGAAACAGGAUUCAAAUUAAAUGUUACUGGGCACAUGCAGAUAUUAUUGUGGGUGUAGUGAAAUACUUGUGUUCUGAGCUCCAACAGUGUAGUAAUAUCUAACAAUUCACAAAAAUACACAUCUUGAAAUAUGGGCCUAUUAGAUUGAGCAAUGUCGGAGUGGCAUAGACUAAAAUACAGUAGAAUAGUAUAUACAUAUGAGAUGAGCAAAGCAGUAGGCAAACAUUUAAACACUAAAGUGGCCAGUGAUUCCAAAGCAGCCGACUCCAAAGUGCAGGGUUGUGUAACCGGGUGGAAACCGGCUAGUGAUGGCUAUUUAGUCUGAUGGCCUUGAACUGUUUUUCAGUCUCUUGGUCCCAGCUUUGCUGCACCUGUACUGACCUCACCUUCUGGAUGAUAGCGGGGUGAACAGGCAGUGGCUCGGGUGAUUGAUGUCCUUUUUGGCUUUCCUGUGAUAUCGGGUGCUGUAGGUGUCCUGGAGGGCAGGCAGUGUGACCCCAGUGAUGCAUUGGGAAGACCGCACCACCCUCUGAAGAGCCCUGUUGCGGGCGGUCCAGUUACUGUACGAGGCGGUAUAGCCGGGCAGGAUGCUCUAAAUUGUGCAUCUGUAAACGUGUGAGUUUUCGGGGCCAAUCCAAAUUUCUUCAGCCUCCUGAGGUUGAAGAGGCACUGUUGUGCCUUCAGGACCUGAAUUCUGGACCUGUAUAGACCUCUACUCUGGGAUACAGUAACACGCACAAUCUAUAAUACACCCUUUCAUUACCUACAGUAACUUUCAAAAUGAGUAUAAAAUGGCACGGGGUACAUGGCUUUAACACACUGUAGGCUCUAACAACAGCACAUUGACAGAGGUAGCCUGUGCUGUUACCCCCUCGCUCCCUCUCCUCCAGGAACCAAACUUAAUUCAGUUAUGAGCAAGACUGACAAGCUUUAUGACCAUGUCCCCUAUAUGUCACUACUGGGCCUCCCCAUUAGUACUGUGACCAGGGUCAGAGAGGGGUGUGUGCAAUAGGGAGAAAACGCUAACAUAUCCAAUUAGAGCACAGAACUGUCAUCUUCCAUUAAACGUUUUGCAACGGGAAGCACUACUGAACAUGACCCCAGUUUAAACCAGUUGUCUUAUCAGUGGUGAGGUACGGGACGAGCCAGGAUCACACCAGCAACAGCUCUUCAUGAAUGGCUGUUCCUGUUUGAACAGUUUUUGGUUUAUUACACUGUGGUGACUCAGUAAGGAACGGAACAUAAAAAUAGUCGUGGAGACAAAGUCCUGGCACAUUACAAAGUAUGGACACUCACUGCAGCAAAUGGAAGCACCGUGUCACUAAAUGGAAGUUAAAAGUCCUUCAAAUAGCAGUAAAACAUUCUUCAAACAACAAGAGACCAACAGUGUCCGGUCUAUCCCUGCAUACCAGUAAAAUCACUAUGUUUACGUCAGACAGAACUGAAGGAGUGGCAAUGACAAUCCCAUAGUCUAUUUUAAGAAGUGUGGCUGGUUUGUUUGUCAUUUAAAUGAAUAGACCAGACACACCCAUUAUUGAGAACUACUGAGGCAAGCAUAGAUGUGUCCCAUAGAAGUGUUUUUCAACCAUGUACACUGAUUUGUAGACAAUAAGCAGUCAGUCACCUUUGGAUGGAAAUGGCUCUAAAUUGAUCAGUAGAUGAUGUGUUUUGAUAACUAAUACAGAUUUGACACACGUAUCUCAACCUGUAUAUUAAAUUUGACAUUUUAUUGACUUUAAACAUAAUUCAAAAAGUUAUAGGCUUGGUUAACGGAAGCUGAUUGGUUGGUUAAAUAAUACUUUUUGGAGGUUUUGGCUGUGCAGAAUGUAUAUACCCAGGAGUUGAGAAUCUGCCAUGUAAAGUGGUAAUAGAGAAUAGCCCAGCCACAGUGCUGAUUUAAGGAAACAGAAGAGAGCAUGCAAGGGCACACAGCUGCCCUCAUCAGAACGUUUGCAUAAACAAACAAUUACCAGAGCACACAGUGGCAUAACCAGCUCCUCACGAACAUCAUCAAAUGACAAAACCAGACCAGACUUAAAUUAGCCAGCACUGUGACCCACCCAAAAGAAACACAAGCCCAAGUAGAAACCCAAGAGAGGUUUAAAGCAUGUCAACAACUAGCCUCACACUACAAUUGCUCUGGCGACGCUGCUAUGCAGCAGACAGUGUGCUGCUCCUUACCCUUCUGUUUUGUGUUGAGAUUGGGUAUUGGGACAGCAAACCUUUGAUUUUAUUCUAGUCCAACAAGAUAGUAGUAAAUCCAUUUAACCGGUUAUUCCUGGUGCUAACAUUCAUCCUUUGCCCUGAUUGUGCCCACAUUUUGUAGACAGGUGUAGACGAUCAAAAGCCCUGGGGGCCAAUUCAGACUUAAGGAAUGAAUGUCUAUCCUACGCACUUCUCAGUAGUUAUUCAGACUUACCUUAUGGAGGUGUGUAACCAGGUUUGUGGCAGGUAUUAAAAAAAGGUGGUUUGAUUCCUACCUAGAAGUUACCGCGUUCAGUUAAUCAAUGGUAACGUUGGUAGUACUGUAGCCUACAAUUAUAAUAUGGAGAAUAGUACACAAUAGUAUAACCUAAUUGCCCGCACUGAUCAUAGAACUGUGAUGGCAAGUGCCAAGUCUUAUGCCGUGAUUUAAUAAGCAUACAUGUCCCAAUUCAUUGUUACUACAGUUUGUGUUUGGCCUUCAUUAAAUACUAUAGUAUCCACUACUACUUCACCCUCAGCCACAAGGGCACGACGGCUUUACAGAGGAAACAAAGAACGGCAGGCAAAAUCAAACGACUCAAUGGAAUGAGACAAAUGUAGGGAAGGGAAAACAACACUUAUUUGGCAUUUAAAUAUAAGUGUUUAUUACUUACGGUCGCUACCAAUAGUAAAUAAUAGUCAUCAUAGGCUGUAGAGCCUACAAAUUGAAGGAGGCAGGAAAAGUCGGGGCAUAAUGAUUAGAACAUUCUAGAGAGUUGAAACGGUAUAUUUGACGAGACUCUUUGCUUUGGUGUCCAAAUUUAAAUCACUGCAAGUUAUUAGGCCAUACAAUUAAAAUCCUGCAUAAUGGCACAGCAUUUCUGAGGCAUAAAUGGGACUACCUGUCAUGUUAUGUGUUCCAGUUUCCUGCCAUAUGACUGGCUUCACAUUCAUCACAGGCAAACAAGGUCAAAUAGAUAAAACAAAUGGUCAAUUAGCCUAUAUUUAUAAUCCCCUUAUCCAAACGGAUUACUGGUUGACCGAGCUCAUCAUAUCAAUUUAUAAAUUACAGCGCAUGGAGAAUGGGCUUAUUUCUAACAAAAACUAUGAAGUCCUACUUUUCCCAACAGGCAAGUCAGCGCUACCUUAUGGUUUCACGGGAAGAAUACGACGUAUCUAUAUACGCCUCCGCCACACCUCCAUUUCUUUGAUCUUCACCCCAAAUGCGUGGCUUUCUGGUACUGGCAUUUCCACCAUGCUUAAGUUCAAGCGGGACCAUGAAAUCUGGUCACAAUGCAGACAGAAACACAUUUUUAUGCCAAGUGUUGACGUGGCAAAUCUUGAUCAGAGAUUGGAUUAUCUUAAUCAGAUGACAACAACCACGUGUUACCACCAGCUGUACAUCCAGGCCAGGCUGCAGGCAGGGUGGGCCAGACUCCUGAGACCAACCCUACAGUUCUUCCUGAUCGCGGCGUCUGUGUACACCGGACUGUCUCGUGUGUCUGACUACAAACACCACUGGAGCGACGUCCUGGUUGGCCUUAUCCAGGGAGUGCUCAUGGCCACACUGGUAGUCUUCUUCGUGUCAGACUUCUUCAAGAAGAAGGUUGAGCCUCAGAAGGAGGAUAUUCCCCACACCACCCUGCAGGAGACACCCACAAACGGAAACCACUACGACAGCAGCCCCAACUAAACUAUAAAGGAGAGGAGUAACCAUCCGGAACCAUACAUGGAGUGUAGCCAGUGGGGAAGUGUUUACUGCAUGCGCAUCAUACCCCACUAAGGGACGGACCACUGGGGUGGACAGAAAGGCUUAAGUACCAAAUGGCCCCCUAUUCCCUAUAUAGCAUAGCCUAUAGGGCUCUGGUCAAAAGUACUGUACUAUGUAGGGAAAUAGGGCGCCAUUUGGAGCGUUGCCAAACCUGUGAAUGUAACCCUGCUUUGUGCAUUUCUGACCUAUGACCUGAAGCCUAGCUCCGUAUUGGACAUUGAGUCACACCCAUGUUGCCUUGGCUGGACUGCUACUAUCAUAGCUUCCUUUGUAUUAUCGUUACUAUCCCAACAAGACUAAUAUAAAAUGUAUCUGCCAACAAGGCUAGUAUAAUAUCUGUACCCGACUAUCCCAACAAGACUAAUAUAAUAUAUCUGUACCCAACUAUCCCAACAAGACUAAUAUAAUAUAUCUGUACCCGACUAUCCCAACAAGACUAAUAUAAUAUAUCUGUACCUGACUAUCCCAACAAGACUAAUAUAAUGCAUCUGUACCUGACUAUCCCAACAAGACUAAUAUAAUAUAUCUGUACCUGACUAUCCCAACAAGACUAAUAUAAUAUAUCUGU